AUGUCAUCCGAGCAAGGUUCACAAGACGUGUUCGUCGACGACGCCACCUACCUCGACGUCCCUUGCCUCAGCGCCACGGACACAUGCAGCGUGACCGUCGAAACGAGUGAGGAAGUGGCGCCCAGCACUUCCACUGUUGGGUUCGACUGUGACAUGUGUUCCUCUUCGUUUUCAACGUACGACUUCCUGAUGAAGCACCGGCGCAACUACCACGCUAAGAGGCUUCAAAAAGCAAAGGAAAAAGGUGAGGACGGCAAGCGGGAGAAGCCGCCCUUCAUCUGCGACGUGUGCAACCGGAGCUUCGAGCGGAAGAACGCUCGCACCUCGCACGUCCGCAUCCACGCCCGGACGGGCUACGAGUGCACCGACUGCGGCCGCCGCUUCUCGAACUCGUCACACCUGUCGCGCCACCGCCGGGUCCACCUGGAGGACUCGGAGUGGUUCGUGUGCCCCGAGUGCUGGGCGGGCUUCGCCAGGAAGGACGUGAUGCAGCGCCACAUGCUCUCGCACACCGGGGAGAGGCCGUACGCGUGUCGCGUCUGCGGCGACGGGUUCACCCAGCGCGUGAGUGCCAGGAGGCAUGAGAAGAACUCUCACGGCAUUGAGUGA